GGAACCAUACUUAAAACAGCAAAACAAGACAAACACAACAAAUGCCACCUGUAGAGGGAAAACAACCGAAGCAACUCCUACAGCUGUAAAGAGAAUCGGUUAUACUGUCCUUUGCCAAUGCGAGGAAGG